AAGCAUACUGGAAUUGAAGAGAGUGUUGCAAGUCAAGAAUUGGCGGCAAGAUGACCGACUUCAGCACAAUGUUCGAGGAUACCAGAUUGACUGCUUAUUUGAUCCUAUUAAAAUAUUAUGUGAUUCCUAGGACCAGAUUACGAGCCCUCAUAUCACGACUUCUUGGGAAGAAAGAGCCAACGCUUCAGCAUAUGCUUGCUAAUGCCACGAUCCGGUGGUUGUCAUCUACAUUAUCGGUACACCAGUUCAGAGCUCUCACCUCUAGCCAGUGUGAUGCAAAGGCUCUGUUACAGAACUGCCCGACUCUACUCGAAGAGAAAGCCACGACCGAGACGAUCAUUGGGGAAGACUAUCGAGGGCAUUACGUCGUAAAAUAUCCCAAACCAACGCACAUCAUAUUCUAUGUUUAUGGAGGCGGUUUUGUCAGCGGCUCUCCAGCAUCCGUGAUGCCGUACCUACUGCAAUUGAGCGUCGAGCUCCAAGCCCGAGGGUUCCAAGCAGACAUGUUUGUCGUGGAGUACGAUCUCGCACCAGAAAAUCCCUACCCAGGUGCUCUUAGGCAAGUCGUAUCGGCAUACAGAUACAUCGCCAGCCAGAACAAACCCAUCGUUCUGGCAGGCGACUCUGCUGGGGGGAACUUAUGUCUUGCACUACUUCGACACUUCGUCAAGCCUCACCCGAAUAUUCCACCAAUCAUACAGACUCAGGGAGAAACUGGACGUGUUGUAGCAGCUUGUUUGAACAGUCCAUGGGUCAACUUGGAGAAUAACGGAAAGUCAUACCGUCAGAAUGCCAAUCAAGACUGUCUCGACAAGGGCGCUCUCGACCGUUGGGGAAGGGCAUACCUAGAUGGAAAACCACUAGAUGAAUAUGCGAACCCCAUCGAUUGCGUAGAUGGCUGGAAGGAGAUUCUACCCCGGAAUACACUUCUGGUCACAGGCGACCUCGAUCUAUUUGUCGCUGACAUACAAAAGCUGGCCCAAAGCAUCACUAAAUUAAGUCCCCCAUCCCGUUGUUUCGAUGAUGUUGAAACUGACCUUAUGUAG